GUAACAAAAAGGGGAGACCCAAGUUGAUAAAGUGACUAGCUUUUGCAUUUUUCUGUCUUUGCACCAGCUCUUCUGUAUCAGCUUAUAAGGAGAUAAAACGGGAAGCGAGCGACCCACCAUUAUGGUUGGUAGACGUCAUUUUCCAGAAGAUAUAUUAGUGGAUAUUCUAUUGAGGUUGCCUGUGGAACCACUCUUGCGUUUCAGACGUGUUUCCAAGUGUUGGUAUGCUCUCAUCAAAAGUCCGAGUUUCAUAGAAAAGCAUUUUCAUCACAAGAACAAUCGUGCCCGUCUCCUCAUUUGUAACUUAACAAUGUCAUUAGAUGAAGGAAGGUCCAUCGAUUUCUCCUUACUUCCCGACAAAAUAGUUCCAGAUGUACAUCCUGAACUAAAAAUUCUCCAUCAGCUUCGGAGGGUCACUGAUUUCAACUCUGUUGCUAGCCCAGUUGACGGCCUAUUCUUAUUGGAGAAAGUGGAGCUUAAUUCUGAAGAUGAUGUUAGCUUGGCUUUGUGGAAUCCGGCCACCAGAGAGUUUUGGCCUCUGCCUCCUGUGACUUUUGAGCUUCAGCCAUUCAGAGGUCAUGAUUAUACAGUUGCAUUAGGGUUUGACCCGUCGACUCUAGAUUAUAAGGUUCUACAGAUUCAAAGAUUUUGGGAUCAUGUUUCCCCUAAUUGCUCGGUCUUUUCCUUAUGCAACAACUCGUGGAAGAACCUGAAACCUGAAUUUCGUUACUGUUGUAGCUUAUACGAGCCCAUUGGCGACACAUAUCUCAAUGGGGUAUAUUAUUGGUUCUUUGGGCGCCUAGACAACAGAAGCUGCCGCAUAUGCUCAUUUGACAUGUGCAGCGAACAGUUUAGGGAGAUGCAAGGACCAGUUAUUCCAAAUGCACAGUGGGGAAAGCUCAUGUUGCACGGUGACUCACUCGCUAUCUUAGUUGGUGUCAACCCUGGUAAACCAAUGAUAUCCAUAUAUGAUGUGUGGGUAAUGAACCAACAAGAGGGUAGUUGGGCCAAAGUUCUCACUGUUCAACCUCUAAUAAAAUUUGCUCAUUGGCCUCGCGGAGUCCGGGAGGAUGAUAAGAUGAUUUUCGAAAUAACUGAAACUUCACAACUGGUGCUAUAUGACCCUACAACAAGACAAGUUACUGAUCUUGGAUUUGAGCUGGACUUAAUAUUGGGGCGCUCUUGGGUGUUCAAUUACAAGGAGAGCUUAGUUCCAUUAAGGAGAAGAAAUGACAGCCAGGGCAAGGAUAAUGCAGUUGAGCAAAUUGAUCACUUCUUCAAUAGCUUAGAAAGAACAUCCAGGCCUGGUGGUUGUUACCUAUAGAACAUUCAAUAGCUUAUAUAGAACAUUCCAAACAUAGAUUUGGUUGAAAUUAGCAUUUGAAGUUGAAGUAAAUGACAUGCUUUUCACUUGUAAAAAAAGUUGGA